AUGACUGGGCUUGGGAAAGCGCCCGUCAUCGCGGAUGCGAGCGCCGGGCAUUCUGUGCAGGGCCUCGGAACGUGCGGCGACCCACGCCCGCUCGCGCCACCCAACGCCCCAAGUGCCCACCGCCAACGCCCCAUCGACGCGCCCACAGAAUGCGCGCGUCGAUUGCGCUCCAUCGUGCCUCGGGAGUACCGGAGUCCUGGGUCAGGACAAUGGAUCGCUUCCUGUGUGCCGGAGUCGCAGCGCCGAGGACAUUUCCCGCUGCCCACCCCCCGUGCCUCUCAAACCACCUCACCGACGCCCAACGCAAUCCAACGCGGACAUCGCAGAAUGUGUCGAGGCAAGCAGCUGCGCUUCCUGUGCGGCCGCCUGGAGCAGGGGAGGUUCAUCCUGUGCAACAGCGCCAAGGCGGCGUGUAGGGGCAAGCGCUACAAAUGGCCCUGCAACAGGCGUGACGAAGUCACCGCCCUUCUCGUUCCCGUCAAUAAGUUCUGCCCCAGGUGCAAAAAGGCCGGUCAGACGACGCCGGGGACGGUUCUGCGUCCUACCUGUCCUCGGGAUUGGUGA